AUGGUAAAUGCUACACAGGUUUCAUUUUUCACACUAAGUGCCUAUUUUGACACGGGGAUUUUCAAAUAUUUAUAUUUAAUUAUUGUCAUAUGUUUAUAUAUUGUAAUAAUUUGUACCAAUCUGUUGCUGAUUGUGGUUAUCUGUAUGAACAGGAGCUUACAUGAACCUAUGUACCUUUUUCUGUGCAGCCUGUUUGUAAAUGAACUGUAUGGUAGUACAGGGUUGUUUCCAUUCCUUCUGGUUCAGAUCCUCUCUGACAUUCACACUGUUUCUGCUCCCUUCUGUUUCCUGCAGAUUUUCUGUUUGUUCUCUUAUGGAGGUAGAGAAUUUUGGACCUUAGCCAUCAUGUCCUAUGACAGAUAUCUUGCUAUCUGUUAUCCUCUACAAUAUUACACUCGUAUGACAUCUAAAAAGAUUGCCAUUCUUAUUGCUCUAACAUGGUUGUUCCCUUCUCUUACCAAUGCUUUGGUAGUGUUUGGUCUGACUGCUCCUCUACAGCUGUGUGGAAACAUUAUUAACAAAGUUUACUGUGACAACUAUUCUGUUGUCAAACUGGCCUGCUCUGACACCAGAGUCAAUAACAUUUUUGGACUUGUUGACAUAUUUACAGUAAACUGUAGUCUUAUAAUCUUAAUUCUUUUCUCUUACAUGAGGAUUCUUAAAGUGUGUUUAUCUGGUUCCAAACAGACCAGACAGAAAGCUCUCAGUACCUGCACACCUCACCUUUUUUCCCUGCUGAAUUUUUCUUGUGGAGCUUUCUUUGAAAUAGUACAGAGCAGGUUUAAUAUGAACUAUUUACCCAAUAUGUUGCGCAUUUUUCUGUCAUUGUACUGGCUUACAUGUCAACCACUCAUCAACCCUUUACUGUAUGGACUGAAACUGUCCAAAAUACGCAUUAUAUGUAGACUUCUGCUCUUUGGGGGGAAAAGUGCUUCCUCCCCAGCAUACUACAGCAUAGAAGAGGAUGCUGGCAACAACAGACUAGUAAAACAUCCAGAGGAGCUUGCUGCAGACAAUAAAGGACUGCAGCCUCCUCAGGAAGAGCAGAUAGGGAACAUGGAUGCAGAUGAUGCUCGUAGACUCUUAAUCAGAGUCAUGGACAGAGAGCCUGGUCUCAUCUUCGAUGUGCUCCAACCAGCUGCUCAGGGAGCAGAAGCACCAUUACAAGGUGUUCCUGAUCUCUGA